AUGGGCCGUGUGCGGCCGCUGAACGAAACCGGGAGGGACACGUUAGUGGCCCGCAGUCUGCUAGUCCUCCGACCUCAGGGGCUGGGCCGUGGUGCUAGAACCGGGUCGCGGGCUGAGCCCAGAACGUGCAAAAGAGCGGUCUCCGGUCCAGGGACCCCUCACGCGGCGCUGCCCGCGGGGCCUGAGGCCUUCGGGCAGGUGGAAACUCAGGGGACGCGUCCGCGCUCCAGCUUCCCUGACUGGAGCGGCGGGGACCCUCUGGGCCUCGCCUCCUGCGGUGUUUUGCAGACACACGUGGCCGCAUCAGAAGACCGUGUCAGAGCCUCGAAAGGCCAAAGUGUCCAGAGACCCGCGAGCGGGCUCGACCCCGCUUGGAAGGCAUUCACGUUUCAUUUGACUUAA